UUUUAUCUCCACCGAACCGAACCAAAAGAAGAAAAACCAUAAACCCUAAAAUCCAGCGUCGGCUUGGCGCUGUGAGAGAAAUCGAAGCGUAGAGAGAAGAGAGAAGAAGAAGAAGAAGAUGAGAGUGAAAAGGCAGAAGAAAAAUAGGAGAACGGUGAGAUUCUUCACAGUAUGUUUCGGAUUCCGUCAGCCUUUCAAAGUCCUUUGCGACGGCAAUUUCAUCCACCAUCUUGUUGCUCAUGAGAUCACCCCCGCCGACACUGUUAUCUCCGAUCUCCUCGGAGGUCCCGUCAAGCUCUUCACCACCAGAUGUGUGGUUGCCGAGUUGGAGAAACUGGGUAAAGAUUUUUCAGAAUCCCUAGAAGCUGCUCAGAUGCUCAGUACAGCUACAUGUGAGCACGAGGAGGCAAAAGCAGCAGAUGAGUGUUUGUCAGAAGUUAUAGGUUUACAAAACACCGAGCAUUUCUUUCUCGGAACUCAGGACGCUGACUUUAGGAGAAAGCUUCAGCAGGAGUCUAUUGUUCCUCUUGUGUUUGGUCUAAGGAACAUACUACUGAUCGAUCAACCUUCUGAUUUCCAACGUGAGACUGCCAAAGACUCUGAAAAGAGGCGCUUAAAUAUGACCGACACAGAAAAAAGAUUGUUGGCGAAACGGACUUCGAAAAUCGUAGCUUCUAAUAGAGGAGAAGGAACGAUUGCAAAUGAAGAAUGGGGGAUGCCUCGAGUUAUUUCUACAAAAAAUCCACUUGGUGUGAAAGAUAGACCUCAAUUCAAAAGGAAUAGAGCUAAGGGUCCAAAUCCACUUUCAUGCAUGAAAAAGAAGAAGGACAACAAUACAGAGAGACGUCAACCCAAAUCUAAAGCCGAGUCUAACACUGGAGCACAAAAGGAAAAGAAAGAAGGCGAGAGUGAUGCAAAAAAGAGGACAAGAAAACGAUCGAAAAAAGAAAAAUCUGGUCCGGAGAGUACCGACUGAAACAGAGGAUGUUAACAUUGUAUUAAACCACUCACCAAGAAUUUGGUGCUUGUCUUUAAACGUUAUGUUUUACUACUGCAUACUAAAAAUUUUGAUCACCAGUCGCUCUAUAGUUUUAGACACAUUGCUUUCUCUCA